CGGUGCCCACAUCCAAGCAUCCAUUCACGCAUCCAUCGCCAUCGUCCUCGUUCACUCCAGUUGACCUCGACCUCGACCUCCACUUCGACAUCACCACCAAGCAUCAAGCAUCAAGCAUCAAGGCUUCUCAAUCACAUCACAUCCGAGCAGUCAUGUCACGACGAACAUCAUCACCACUGCCAUCGACCCUCGUGGCCAUCACCCUCCUCCUCCUCGUGUCGCUACAAACCGUCUCGGCACACUUCCAGAUUGUGUAUCCAGCAUGGCGAGGCAACACAUUACAGAACGACAUGCAAUGGGAAUAUCCAUGCGGUGGACAGCGACUCACAACGAACCGCACCAAAUGGCCCAUCGACGGCGGCUCGCUCUCCAUCAUUCCCGGCUGGAAUUCGGGCCAUCCGACGUCGUUCUUCUACGUCAACAUGGGCUUCGGCACGCAGCCGCCCAACAUGACCAACGUGAUCGUGCCGGUAUUCCAGAUCACGGGUCCCAGCCGAGACCCCUUCCCGGGACAAUUCUGCUUCCCCGACCUCCCGCUGCCAAAGAACGCCUCCGUCCAGGUUGGCGACAACGCGACGCUGCAGGUUAUCCAGGUUGCGCUGCACGGCGCUAGUCUCUACAACUGCGCCGAUAUCACGUUCGUCGAGCGCGGCGAGGAGGACCCCAUGCCCGAGGGCAUGUGCACGAACUCGAGCACCAUCGGCUUCAACCUCGUGUACUCGACCACAUCGGACGCGUUCCGCACCGCCAUCGUCGUGCCCAGCAUCAUCAGCUUCGUCACGGCGCUGUCGGUGCUGUCGCACUGGAUCCUCUAGAUCUUGCCGCUACCACGCGAUUUUCUUUUUGUUGGGGAGGGGCAGGCACGGUUGUAUAUACAAAAUAGCGGGCGGCGGACGGAAGCGGGAAGCGGGAUGCGAUCGA